CCAGCUAAACAAGUGGCUCAAGCCUCAAAGUGAAUAGUGGCGGUGGGGGUCUACCAGUGAAGAUUUGGAAGCGAAAUAUGGACAUGGAGCAACAACAAAUUGACCCAAAGUUGCUCAACAAAACUUUGUGGUUAGACCAAGAGAGAGAAGAAGAAGAAGAGGCGGGCGUGGACCUUUUAGCAAGGCGUUCGAGCUCAAAGCAUCCACCCAAUGGAGUCGGAGCUACUGCUAAAAGUGCUGAAGGUGAGCUUGAGUCUCCCCCUUCCAAUGGAACUACCCUUGAAAUUCCCGACCAAGAAGUGGAAGAAAGAGAAGAUGCACCAGUAACUGCAUGCGGCGGCGAGAACGGGGAAGGCGGCGGAAACAGCGUUUACUUUGACAAACUCCAAGGAAUAUGGAUAUGUCGCCAUUGCAAUUGGUCCCAUCAAAUUGGAGAUCCUUGCAUACAUAAUGUCCAAGAUCCUGAGGGGUACUUGCACUUGCCAAUGAGUACCAAAACAUUAAAUCAGUGGGGUUUAGAAACUAAAGGCACUGAAUCCAUCAAUGAACAGCAAUCUGAAAUUACAGAAUUCCCGAGCAUGGAAAUCAAUCAUCAAAUGGUGAAAAAUUCUGAGGAUAAGAAAGAUUUUGGUUUGAGAGCUGCACCAGUUGAACAUUUACAUGAAGCAGCAAAUGGAAGUUUCAUCAAUGAAAAGCAAUCUGAAAUUACGAAAUCCACGAGCAUGGAAAUCAAUCAUCAAAUGGUGAAAAAUUCUGAGGAUAAGAAAGAUUUUGGUUUGAGACCUGCACCAGUUGAACACUUACAUGAAGCAAAUGGAAGUUUCAAGCAUUUUGAGAACGGAACCAAAGAAGGAGCCGACGUUGACGUAUUUGAAGAUAUCGAAGAGGACUUGGUGGACUUAGAUGUUGAAAGGGUUUUAGAUAAACAAAAUACACAUCAUUUGUACUGCCCAAAUUGCCAUUCCUGCAUCACAAAAAAGGUUAUCCUUGUUAGAAGAAGGCCAAAAGUUUCAAUACGCCACAGACCAAAGCGUGGCAGCAAGCUGGAUCUGAUUCCUAAUUCUGCAGGCUUAGGUGGCAGUGAUGACGCACCUGAAAUCCAUCCAAAUGUUAGUCCAGUAGCAGCACCAGAUGAGCAAAAUGAUGGUAGAGAACAGGAACAAAAACAAGAAGCAUUCAGUUGCUUAUCAUGCUUCAGCCUUUUCAUUCCUAUAGGAAAUGGUUGUUUCAAGAUCUUAGAGUUCUUCAGAUGGGGGAGACAGACUGAACGCGCACAACAUACGCAAGAGAUUAGACAGACGGAAAACAUACAGACCACACCUGAGAUAAGGCAGAUGGAACACACAGGAAGUUCCCAAAGAACAAACCUGAAUGAGAACACACGAACUCCACAAGGAGUAAGCCCAAGUGAGAAUACACAAAGUCCUCAAGUGACAAGCCUGCAGGAAAAAAUAGAAAUCUCUCAAUUUGUAAACCAGAAUGGAAAUGCUGAAACUCCUCAACAGGUAAGCCAUGGUGAAGGCGCACAAAAUCCUCAGAAGAGAACCCAUGAUGUGGAAAGCAGUGGUCCUCGACAUAUGAAUCAUAAUGAAGAUGCAAAAAAACCUCAAGAUAUAAACUGGAAUGAGGAUACACAAAGUCCUCAAAAGAUAAGCCAUGAUGCAAACAUGAAUAAUCCUCAACAUAUAAAGCAUGAUGAAGAUGCACAAAAAGCUCAACCUAUAAGCUGGAAUGAAGAUAAACCAAGCCAUCAAAAGAUAAGUCGCGAUGAAAAUGCACGAAGUCUUCAGGACAUAAACCAGAACAACGGCAAGCAAACUCUUCAAAAGAUAACUACAGAUGGAACAAAUUGGAAAGAAUCUUCACCUGUUCAAGCUGGUCUUGCUGUAUCAUUAGUAAGUGCUGCAGUGUUAACCCCAUCAAUUACCGACAAGGGAUAUAUUGAUGGUGUAGCUAUGAAAACCGAACCUGGAAUAAGUGGUAUAUUUUCUCCAACAAAGAGCACUCUACUUGACAAGAUUAUAGCUGACUCUACUGAGCAGAAGCCAGAUGUUGACGUGUUGCAGAGAAUUGUUGGUAAUGAGAUAAAGGAUCUUGAAACUGGACUACUUGAGCCAACAUUUCACCCGGGGACGGAUGUGGCACCUUUGUCUCAAAGAACAACGGAAACUGAACGUAGAGGUUCCAUUGCUGGUGAAGUUCAUGAAUGGGAAAUUCUGAAAAGCGUUGUCUACGGUGGAUUAGUUGAAUCAAUCACAAGCUUAGGUGUUGUGUCUUCUGCAGCUGGUGCGGGUGCUGCUACAUUGAAUGUUUUGGCUUUGGGAGUGGCUAAUCUGAUUGGAGGCCUUAUCAUCAUUUUUCAUAAUCUUAGAGAACUGAAAAACGACCGACCUCGUGUCGGUGGAGCUUCCGAUGUCGAGGAAGACCGGUAUCAAGUGCUGUUGGGACGGAGACAGAAUUUCAUAAAGCAUGCGGUUGUAGCUAUCUUAUCAUUCCUCGUUUUCGGCUUGGUUCCUCCUGUUGUCUAUGGCUUCUCGUUCCGUAAAAGUGACGAUAAAGACCUCAAGCUCGCAGCAGUGGCUGGCGCUUCUCUAAUAUGCAUCUUUUUGCUUGCACUCGGGAAAGGCCAUGUUAGAAGGCCACAUCGAACUUACUUCCGGUCCGUGUCUUAUUACAUCGGCCUUGGGAUUACGGCGUCCGGCAUCUCGUACGUAGUUGGUCAGCUGCUCAAGAAACUGCUCCAGCAGCUUGGUUUGUUCGAAUCGAGUUCAACUGUCGGCUUGCCAUUGUUGGAGACAGUGUCGAUGGAGGUGGGAAGGGCAUCCUAUUGAAGUUAUAUGGGGUUGAGUUCCAAUGAGUUUUGAACAGAAUGACGCCAUGAGCAUCGGUUCUCAGUUGUACUCUCGUACUUUAGCCUUUUCGUUGUUGGAAUAUCUAUAUUCUUGUUGUUGAACUUGUUAAAGAAAUAAGUGGGU